AUGGAUGAUAAGAUCAAAUCUCAACUGUGUAUUUCACUGCAAUCUUCUAAAAACAUAGAUACAUCUUCUAUGGGACAAUCAUCAGUAAGUGGACCACGUAGACUGUUAUUGAAUAAAAUUGUUGGUGGCUUGAAAUUCGAAAAGGUAGAGGACAGACCCACUCCAUCACAGGUUUAUAACUGGAGAGUGUAUGGAACAGCUCUUCUUGCAUCAUCGGCAGCUAUUAUUAUCGGGUAUGAUGGUGGAUUUAUUGGGGGUACAGUGUCAUUACCAUCUUUCAGGUCAGAGUUCGGCCUUGAUAAAAUGUCAGAGAACGAAGCAGGAGAUAUAAUUUCCAAUGUUAUUUCUGUCUUUCAUGCGGGAUGUUUCUUCGGAGCAUUAUUCUCGUACCCUUUUUCAUUCUAUUUGGGUAGAAGGAUUUCCUUGAUCAUUAGUGCAACCACCAUUACAAUAGGAUCGGCUAUAAUGUUAGCAGCUCUGUCAAAGAAUGGCCUUGCACCAAUUUACGUCGGUAGAGUAUUAGCUGGGUUGGCAGUAGGUUUCUCUACAAACUUAACUCCAGUGUAUUUGAGUGAAAUUUCGCCUCCUGCAAUUAGAGGUAGAGUGAUUGCUUUGUAUGAAAUCGGUUGGAGAAUUGGUGAUUUAGUUGGAUUUUGGAUCAACUAUGGGAUUGAUUCUCAUAUUGGUCCUUCCAAAAAACAGUGGUUUAUUCCUUUUGCAGUGCAGUUAAUCCCAAGUGGUAUCUUCUUUGCUGGAAGUGUUAUUAUGAAAGAAAGUCCAAGAUGGUUGUACAGUGUAGGCAAACAUGAUGAAGCUAUUAAAAACUUAAAAUGGUUUAGAAACUUACCGGAAGAUGAUGAAUACAUGGUCUAUGAGGUUAACCAGGUUAAAGAAUCUAUAGAAUCACAAAGGCUUCAUAUUGGUCUCAAAUUAUGGGAUCCAUUCAAACAAGUGUUCUUCAAAGAUCACAAAAUCUUAUUCAGGUUACUUAUCACCUGUUCGUUAUUUUUGUUUCAAAAUUUCUUGGGAAUUCAAUCUAUCAAUUACUACUCCCCUAUUAUUUUCGCCAAUUUAGGGGUUAAAGGAACAAAUGCCACAUUAUUUUCAACGGGUAUGUUUGGUGUGGUCAAAUUUGUGUGUACCUUCAUCUACAUUUUGUUUAUUGUUGACACGUUUGGUAGAAGAAAGGCAUUCAUGGUUUCUUCCACAGUAUGUUCCAUUUGCUUUUGGUACAUCGGUGCUUAUUUGAAGGUUAAUGAUCCUUCUAAACCAGGAGUUGAAGCUGGCCCAGGUGGUACUGCUGCUAUUGUGAUGAUGUACUUCUGGAUUGCCUCGUUUAUUUUGGCUUGGUCUGGUGGUCCAUUUGUUGUUGGAAGUGAAGUCUUCGAUCAGAAUAUUAGAUCAUUUGUCCAAGCAAUCAAUGCGGCUAUUUCCUGGAUUCCUAUUUUCAUAAUGUCAAGAUUCACUACCAAAAUGAUUGACACAAUGGAAUAUGGUAUUUACUUUUUCUUUGCGUGUUUAGCAGCAUUAUCCAUCCCAUUUGUGUUUUUCUGUGUUCCUGAAACAAAGGGUAUUGCCUUGGAGGAUAUGGAUAAAGUAUUCGACAGGUCAUUACCAGCUCGUAAGGCUCACAGAGUUGUUCUUGGUCAAAUCAGAGCCAACGCUAUUACUCAAUUAGAGGGACAUAGAGGGCUUUACAAGAUGGAUACUAACAAGUCAAAUGAAAUUCAAAAUAUUGAGGAUUUAGAAUUAAUGGUAAAAAGUGAAAAGAAAAAACAUCUUAAUUUAGCAGUACUGGAUACAUAUAUAACGCUUAAUGAUAAUGAAUAA